CAAAAUUCAGAAACUCAAAUGAAUGCCCGGUCGAGAACUAGUGACUUAGUUGACUUAGCAUCAUGCAGGCGGACCGCCUUGCUUACUGGCUACGGCUGAGCGAUCAUGCAUCUCUGACGCACCAGUUCCCGCCAGCUUCCUUGAUCAUCCCGCCAAGAUCCUGUCAACGUCUAUACCAUUGUUUUAAGCAGAAGAUACAUACAUCAACGGUGGUCUAUGGGAUGAUGGCUGCCCUGCCCCCGCGGACGGCCGGCAUCGUCUUCCCGCGGCUAUCAAUCCGGAGGGGAGCCGGUGGAUCUCGCGGCGGAUCCUCCCCAUUCUUGAUUCUUGGCCUCGGCGCCAUGACAGUCGGGGCUCCACCACCACAAGCUACCCACACCACCGAGGCAGGACGCGAAAAACACCAAUGCCUCCGAAUUGAUGACACAGAGAGGCCCUGGGAUAUAACAAAAAGACGAAAGAAAGCAAAAUGAUAGGAAGCAACAGAUCGAAGUCAACGCGUCACUGGAACAUGGCUGCUCUCACCUCUUCCUCAUCAGUCUGUCGUAGUGACUCCUGGAUCGCCCGAUAAAGGGCUUCUGCCAGCUUGGGAGGGACUGCAUUACCAAUCUGCCUGCGGACCUGCCGGGCCCCGAAACGGUAUCUCAUAGGAAAUGUCUGCAGGCAUGCAAACUCACGGUUGGUGAAGCCGCGCUCGCCAGAGGGGUGGUAGUUUUUUUCUCCAC